CUUGCGAAAUCUGACGUCGAGAGCCCCUCCAUCAAUCCAUCAAUCGCAAAAUACCGAUGCUCCCUUACUGCCUCAUUUAAAGUCAUAACUUACUUAUCCUUUAUAUCUUGAACAAUCCGCGCUAGUACCGACACUUCUGUCCGAUACGAUACAUCCGAGACUAUAUUUCUAAUUAAUAGAUUAGGUACACCUAUUAGGUACACCUAUGUAAGAGCCAUUAACUUCCCAAAGCCUUUCGACACCAUAAAAUAGUUUUACUAGUCUACCACCCGACUCACCUCGACAUUCCUACGUAUACGCGUGGUCCACGAUGUUCGAUGUCCUAUAUCCGUAGUCAUGGUUGUUAGAAUGGUCCUCCGGGCUACUGCCCCUUGUCCGGGCUGCCUCGGCUUGAAUAGACCACAAUUAAGCCCAUGGCUUUCGUCAUCGCGUAGUGGUACGCGUAUCUUCGCGACGUCGCAAUACCCCCUGCAAAAGCCUCAUAUACUAAGUUUAACCUUGAAAACGAAACCGGGUAUAGCCAAGUUCAGUUCCAAUGCCGCCAAUGCCGCCAAGAAGCCCGCCACUACGCAGAAAGAUCCUCUCGCCACGGUCGAUAAAAGCGCUCAGGAGCAACGAAAGGCGGAUUGGGCGAUAAUGAAAGAGAUGGCACAUUACCUAUGGCCAAAGGAUAGCUUCAACACUAAAUUACGCGUGUCUUUGGCUGUUGUACUUCUCGUUGGGGCCAAGGUGUUGAAUGUCCAAGUGCCCUUCUACUUCAAGAGCAUUGUGGAUGCUAUGAAUAUUGACGUGGGAGAGAUGGGUGGCACCGCCGCUAUGGUAGCUGGAAGCAUGAUAGUAGCAUACGGCGCAACGAGGAUAGGGGCCACCGUUUUCCAAGAGCUACGAAAUGCCGUGUUUGCUUCGGUAGCACAGAAGGCUAUACGGAGGGUUGCUUGCAAUGUCUUUGAUCACCUACUGCGCCUAGAUCUUAACUUCCAUCUCACCAAGCAGACUGGUGGUUUAACAAGGGCUAUCGAUCGAGGUACCAAAGGUAUCAGCUUCCUACUUACUAGUAUGGUAUUCCAUAUCUUCCCCACAGCUUUGGAGAUCGGCAUGGUGUGUGGAAUCCUUACUUGGCAAUAUGGUGCGAAAUAUGCUGCUAUCACGGCUGUCACGAUGACCGCGUAUACUGCAUUUACUAUCUGGACCACCUCCUGGCGAACUAAGUUCCGAAGGCAGGCCAACGCCGCAGACAACAAGGCCUCGACAGUAGCUGUCGACUCGUUGAUAAACUACGAGGCCGUCAAGUAUUUCAACAACGAAAAGUUCGAAGUUUCUCGGUACAAUAAGGCGCUUCAGGAAUACGAAAAGAGUUCUAUCAAGGUUGCCACUUCGUUAGCUUUUCUCAACAGCGGCCAGAACAUUAUCUUCUCGAGUGCCCUAACAACCAUGAUGUACUUUGCCGCCAACGGCGUGGCAAGCGGCUCCCUGACAGUUGGCGACUUGGUCAUGGUCAACCAGCUCGUCUUUCAGCUUUCCGUCCCGUUGAACUUUCUAGGUUCAGUUUACCGAGAGCUCAGGCAGUCUCUUCUUGACAUGGAGACUCUCUUCAAUUUACAAAAAGUGAAUGUUACUAUUAAGGAACUUCCUGAUGCGAAGCCGCUUCAUCUUUCUAAAGGAGGCGAGAUCAAGUUCCAGAAUGUAAACUUCGGCUACAAUGCAGAGCGCCCCAUCCUCCGAGAUCUAACAAUGACAAUUCCUGCCGGUAAGAAGGUCGCUAUCGUAGGUCCAAGUGGAUGUGGAAAAUCUACAUUAUUAAGACUCCUUUUCCGAUACUAUGAUGUUGAGAAUGGUCGCAUUCUCAUCGAUGAUCAAGACAUUCGUCACGUUACGCUAGAGUCGCUGCGCAAAUCUAUUGGUGUUGUCCCGCAAGACACUCCACUUUUCAAUGAUACCGUUGAACAUAACAUCAAAUAUGGUGAUCUGUCGGCGCCCGAAGACCGAGUGAUCGCAGCCGCUAAACGUGCUCGAAUCCAUGACAUUAUUUCUAGCUGGCCUGCGGGAUACCACACCAAGGUUGGCGAGAGGGGUAUGAUGAUUAGCGGAGGAGAGAAGCAACGUCUUGCGGUCUCCAGGUUACUGCUGAAGGAUCCGCCUCUGCUAUUCUUUGAUGAGGCGACGAGCGCACUGGACACACAUACAGAACAGGCACUCAUGCAUAACAUUAAUAGCAUCCUCCGAGAAAAGGCACGGACGAGCGUGUUCGUAGCCCAUCGAUUACGAACUAUAUACGAUGCGGACUUGAUCAUCGUAUUAAGGGAAGGCAGAGUGGCCGAACAAGGGACGCACAAAGAGCUUAUUGACCGAGGUGGGCUAUACUCGGAGCUCUGGAGCGCUCAAGAAACCCUGUUCAACUCUGAUGGGGAAAAAGAAGGAGUGGCUAGCGAAAAAAAGUGAAUGAAGGGAAUGUCAGCAACCAGAAGCCUCGGUCACGAUGAACCUUUCGGGUGCUCGCUGAUCUUGGGUAGAAUAGAGCUGUGAAGACAUCCUUUGGGAAUCGCGCCCGAUUGAAAUAGUCGUUCUUGGGAAUCCUGCGAGCUAUGGUAGGACAUAGUAACGCGAGUGUGUUGUAUAACAUAAACAGUUGAGCAGCAGCAGCAGCAGCAGCAGCAUCGUAAUUCAUGAAGAAUAUGAUAACUUCAAGGCAUUAUGUUUCUAGUGGGGAGGGUAAUCAGCAGUGUCUGUUGAAUUAACUCUAGUGUGGGCUCAGUAGGUAGCGAUCAUGACUUAUUGUCCAAAGCACCAUCACUUUACCGGACCCAUAACCCCCGGUUUGGAUAAAAACGCUCAUCUUACCAGUGCAUUAGAGUGCGAUCCCCGUAGGUCGGUGUGGUAUAGGUGGGCUAAUGUCUGUUGUUGGCGGUCAAGGAGUAAAUUUGUCAUAGCACUGUUGCUCGACAACGAGCAGAGGGUUUGUUAAACUCAGUACCGCGAGAGACGUUUUCAGACCAACUAUGAACUCUGUUUCCCACUAGAA